AUGGGGGAGAUGGCCGCUGCGCUGCGGAAUCUGGGCUCCCUCACCAAGGAGGAGGUGCGGAAUGUGUGCGUCGAUCUCGACAAGUCCAAGGAUGGCAAGAUCGACUACGGGGAAUUCCGAUCUUGGAUCCGGAGUGGCAUGGGCACUCGAGAAAUCGAGAAGGCCAAGGCGAUCUUGGCGCCCAGCGACUCGGAUGGCCUCGAGGCCUCCUUCUACAACUUCUGCGGCGCCGGCCGGGCGGAGCUGGAUGGCAAGGGCUUCGUGAAGCUCUGCGAGGACUGCGAGCUCCUGGACAAGAAGUUCAGCGCGGUGUCCGCGGACCUCAUCUUUUGCGACACCCGGGUCAAGCGGAAAGGCGAGCGCACCAUCGACGUGGUGCAGUUCGAAGUGGCGUUGGAGCUGCUGGCGGAGAGGAAGGGCGUGACGAAGCAAGGGGUGCGGAUGCAGGUGCUUCUGCAGGGCAAGCCCCUCUUCCGCUCGCCAGGCUUCUUGGCGAAGCCAGUCCGAAGCCGCAGCAGGGCAAACACGAAGACCUCGACGGUCUCCUCGGAGCCAGGAGCGGAGCCUCGAGGCCCGCCGCCGCCCAAGCCGCAGAAGGUUCCGGUCUCCGGUCUGUGGAAGGUUUUGGGGCGCCACACCAAUGCAGGCCGAUGCCUGUGGCUGAUCUACGGGAACAGUGGCCAAAAACCGCGGCCUGAGAAGCCCGCGAAGGAGGCGCGCAGGACGGCCCGGAGGGUGCGCCCCGCGCCGGAGCCGGACUUCUCGGACCUCUGCGUGAAAGUCGUCUACGACUGA